AUGAGGACGUUGGGAACUGGAAUAGCCAAGGCACUAGCAAAUGGUAUUCCCCCUACACUACCCUCAUUCAGGCUAGUGGCUGGGGAAAGUCGCGAGCCAUCCGCCAAUUAUUUGGAGGGCGUUAUGUUAAAGAAGGCAGAGAUGACAUAUGUUGCUUACUUUGCCACAUGUCUUGAGGAACUUGCAGACUCAUCAAAAACUCCCGAAGAAUGGGCAACGGAACAUACAAAACGCAAUUAG